UAUCCUUCAUUCGCUAUAUAUUCCAAUAACAUUAAUAAUGGCCAAUUAUUGUCACUCACAAGGAUAACAUAUUGCAAAAUAAACAAAGUAGUCACAUUGCAUAUUCAUACAACUGUAACACAUAUGUAUCUCUAUGACCUCGUCACCAUUACAAUACGUCGAAAGUAUUGAAAUCGGCCUCUUAUCUUGCCAUAGUAGUGCGAGUGAUUCAACAACUGGAUACAUUUUCAAUGUAAAAAUAGAUUAUGGUAAUCCAAACUUGGAACAACUUCCACCCGGCGUCACAAAAACUUCGAAUUUAGUUUUGCAACUAAUGGAAAGUCAUCUGGAUAGAGGAUAUCACGUAUUUGUUGAUAGACUCCAUAACUCUGUCGCAUUAGCCGAGGAAUUGCAGCGAAGGAAAACAUCGAUAACGGGAACAGUCAUGGCAAACCGGAAGGGACUUCCAGCAGAAAUAAAAACAAAACUAAAGAAAGGGGAAAUCAUCUCACUACGAAAAGGACAAUUACUCGCACUACUAUGGCAAGAUAAGAGGCCGAUUUCAAUACUUUCGACGUAUUGUAAUGGUGACGAGGUCAUAGAGAUACAUAUGUGUUACAGUUGUAUGAAUAUGCAAUGUGACUACUUUGUUUAUUUUGCAAUAUGUUAUCCUUGUGAGUGACAAUAAUUGGCCAUUAUUAAUGUUAUUGGAAUAUAUAGCGAAUGAAGGAUAUAUUUUUA